AUGGCGAACGUUCGGGAUAGUGACACAUCUUUGUGGCUCCACAAUAAACUUGGAACAUCGAACGAUUCAUGGACAAGUGGUUCAAUUUGUACACAAUUAAACGCUGAAGUUUUGAAAAAUAUCAAGGAUUGUUUUCCAGAUUUACAAACACAAGUUAAACUAAAAUUAUUGCUAAGUUUCUUUCAUAUCCCGCGCAGAAAUGUUGAAGAGUGGAAAAAUGAACUCGAAGAGAUUAUUGAGGUUGCCGCCGUCGACUCUGAUUUGUGGGUGGCGAUGCUCGCCGAGGUUCUCAAAACAUUUCCCUCGGCGGGAACUCUCAAUACAGAGAUAGCAGAGUUUGACGAGACUCGCCCAAUAUUCAGUGACAUGAUUGGAGAACUGAGGCGGGCGCUUGCCAAACAUUCAGACCUAGGAUUAUUACCUCUUGAGUGCCUAUAUUUAAAUAAGAAUGCUUUAGUGUCUGUGGUAGGCCAACAGGCAAAUCCAGUGAAACAUUUCACAUUGAAACGCAAACCAAAGUCAGUAGCUCUUCGUAGUGAACUCCUAGCGAAAGCAACAGAAGUACAAGCCAAUCAAAAGAAGGCGCAGGCGCCUACUGUCCCCGUUCGGAGUAGGGGCAUGCCCCGCAAGAUGACUGAUACUACACCACUAAAGGGUCUACCGUCACGGUGGGCGGGUCGCAGUGGUCGAGGACUGCCGCCUCUGCCACCGUUACCACCGUUACCACUACGAGCGCCGCCGCGCGCUGGCAUCAAGCUGCUAGAUAUUACAGAACAGCCCGCCACGCACGCGCAGAUCAAGAAGCGAAGGAAGCUCGAAAUGGAGGAGGGAUCAAAGAAACCGCCCGCGGCCGCUCCCCCUUCACCGCCUGCCGACUUCGCCAAAGGAACCUUCCCCACGCCGAAACAGGACGAACAACCAGCCACGAGUGCGAUGGAGACGUCCGUGCCGCAGUCGUCUCCGCCGGCCGCCGAGCCCGCGCCGGAGCCCGAGCCGCGGCCGCAGCCCGUCGUCUCCAGCCCCAUACUCGUGCACCAGACGACGGGAGCGAAGCCUCUGGUUAUUGGGCAGCAGCCGAAGCUAUUGAUUGCUGGACAGGCGGGCGGGAAGCCGGUGCUGUUAUCUGCUCAGAACAUCCUCAACACAUCCGCUGUCAUCCUGCAGCCGGGCGGGAAGGCUGUGUUAUUACAGAAUAUCAAGCCGGUGAGUCAGGUGAACCAGUCAGUGGUGCGGCCUCCGCUGCAGGCGCAGACCGUGCAGCAGCCAAUACUGCAUCACCAGCAGCAGACGGUCCAGAUAUCGCAGCCUGUGCAGCAAAACCAAACUGUACAAGCCGCAGGCGUGCAGCCGGUGCAGUCCGUGCAGCCGGUGCAGCCGGUGCAGCCGGUGCAGCCCGCGCCGGCGGCCGCGCCGCAGCCCGCACCGCUGCUGCCGCGUAGGGGACUCUCGCUAACGCGUGAACAAAUGUUAGAAGCGCAAGACAUGUUCCGGAACGCAAACCGAGUCACGCGGCCCGAGAAAGCUCUCAUACUUGGCUUCAUGGCGGGUUCGAGAGAUAACCCAUGCCCUAACCUCGGUAACAUCGUUACAAUAAAACUAUCGGAGAACAUCGAAAACGUACUGCAAUCUGACGACACCUACCUAACCAUGCUGUCAGAGAUGCACUUCCAAAUGAACUACAACAACGGCCAGUGGACCAGACUAAAAAAAUACAGACACAUAGACGGUAUGGUGCCGCAGAAGAUACCGCCCGGCUCCACUGUGAUAUCAGCCAACAACCAGCAACCGGUUGUGUCAAUAGGCAACCAGAGUGUCAGCUAAGGUAUCUAGUAUUUUAGGUUUUUCUCUAGUAUAACGCUGAAGAAUGAUUUGUUGUAUGUCCAACGAAAUGCCUUAUCAACGCUUAAGUUCUAACAUGACGAAUGUCAAUAGUGAAGAGAAAUAGAAUAAUAGAAAUAGAAAUAUUUUUUAUUUAAAUGAAAACUUAAACUUUAUUAAGUUUAUUUACACGUUUUUGUAUAAGCAUAUUUUUUUUAUUCUACUCAUUACAAGAAUAAUGAGCAAAAAUCAUGCGUAUUCUUCUUUUAAAUAAAUGUUCAGAAUUAUAUUUUUAAGAAUUUUAUACACACUACACUCCUUUUUAAUAACAUUAAUCAUAUCUACUAGUUGACUAGUACCCAUAA